AUGGGCCUGACUGAGAAGCACGCGAAAGUCAUUGCACAACUGCCAACGAGGGCGAUGGCCCAGGGCAGGAAGUCAUUGCCGCCCUUCUCUCCGCCUGGCAGGCUGUUCUCUGUACUCCUACUCUUCCGGGGAGGCUCUGUGAGGUCUGCCCAUUUCCGCACCCUCAUUCGCUGCGUCGUUGACAAAAAGAGCGACGUGGACGUGUGGGAAGCUGUCUUUACCACCUUUGGAAACCUCAGCGCCGCGACUCCCCCCCCGUCGAGCAUCGCCCCGACGUUCAGAGGCACUCCGAUAAAGAGCAGCUCGAGCCGACUUGCCGAUAGCGAAACGCGCGACAUCGUUGAAGCAGAGCUGUUCUACGAGAUCAAGGAUUGGCCGGUUUGGAACUGGCUCAAGACACUCGAGGGCCGUUACUUGGCCGAUGCGCCUUACAAACUCCAUACGACCAGAUCUGCCAACCAUUUUAAGGAACGGAAAGGCCGGAUGGAUAUCUUCUUUCAAGCGCCUGCCACGGAGUCGGACAUUUUCGAGUGCAAGAAUGCCCUUGUCGUUGGCGAACAAAGGAAGACAUAUGACAGGAGCAGGUUCAAAGCUGAUCUCCUCCAGCUUACGCGCUACGUGAGAGAUGUUUUCGCUGAUCAGCCCACACGUCGGUUCGUCCACGCCUUCUCACUCUGCGCCUCCAUGAUGGAGGUCUGGGUCUUUGAUCGUUCCGGUCCCUAUAGUUCGGGGCCGUUUGACAUCCACGAUGAGCCAGAUAAGUUUGCGCGGACCCUUGUCGGGUACGCAACGAUGGACGACGAGGCCAUGGGCUUGGACACAUUCAUGGAGCGGGUAGGCGGGCAUCGCUAUCUUACGUUGGACGAUGCAAAUGGCGGAGAGAAGAGGAUCAGGCUCGACAAGGCGAUGGUCAGGCAGCGAGCCAUCGUGUGCCGCGGUACGACGUGCUAUAGAACCCGGGGAGGUCACGUUGCCAAGUUUUCGUGGGCGUCCGACAAGCGGAAGCUGGAGGUUGAACAGCUGAAACGAGCAGAAGAACGAGGUGUCAGAGGAGUGGCCAGGGUAGUGGCGCAUCGUCGAAUUACCACCAUUGCAUCGCUACGAGAAGGCUUGGAGUUUUCAAAACCUCAUCGGUUCAGGGAAGAAGUUCUUCACUUUGAAGAUUUGCCUUCUACCGCAGCAGGCGCCAGUACAUCAGGCACCAAGCGCAAGUCGUCCUCUGGUCACACGCCCGAAAACACAUCUGAAUCCAAGAGGCGGCGGUCUAGCAGCCAGAAACCAACCCUGACCGGAUCCAACAGAGCAUCCCUGGGAGGCAGAUCUAAGCCGAGCCUUUAUACCUCCGGCGAGGAUCUUUGGGAGAAUAGUAUCUAUUCCUGUCUCGUCGUCUCCCCUGCUGGGCGCGUCAUCAGCGACUUCGGAACCGUCAAGGAGUUGUUGGAGUCGAUGCGAGAUGCAAUCAAGGCUCAUCAAUCUCUUUACACAACCGGCAACAUUCUGCACCGCGAUAUCUCGUCAAACAACAUCAUCAUCACCGAACCAGAGGUGGCCGAUGGGUUCAAAGGCAUGCUCAUCGAUCUUGAUCUGGCAAAAGAAAAGGACAGUGGCCCUAAUGGGGCGCGCCAUCAGACCGGGACGAUGCAGUUCAUGGCUGUGGAGGUACUGCGCACGGCAGAUCACACCUAUCGUCACGAUUUGGAGUCGUUCUUCUACGUCCUGCUAUGGAUGUGUGCGCGGCAGUCAUGGCACAAUGGCUUAGCCGGUGACGAGAAGCCGCCCAAGGAAAGUCUGUUGCGGAGGUGGGAGAUUGGCAGCUUCAAGUAUAUUGCAGCCGCCAAGGAAGGCGACAUGACCGUCAAUAGGCUUGAAGCGAUCAUGGACGAGUUCCCUUCAGUCUUCGACGUCGUCAAACCCCUCUGUUUACGAAUCAGGACAGCUCUAUUUGGGAAUACGGCAAGGCUACACUUCGGAACUCCUGGAGGGGAUCCGGCUGAGCUUUACAACCCUAUAAUAGAAGCCUACGACGAAGCUGUCAAAGAGCUUAAUAAAUAG